AUGAAUGAAAAUGUACAGAUAGCUAUUCACUACAGUGAUUACAACUUCAGUCAGAAACUGACAGCAAAAGAAGACGUAAGUACCAAGGAAACUGAGAACAAUAUGAACUGUUUAGAGCAAUAUGACCCGCCAGCGAAGAGGAUUAAGAGAGAAGAAAUGGGCCGUGCCCAUGACAUUAAUGUCUUGACAUGCAAAAAUGUUUUGGAAACAUCCGGUGCAGACAAAGCUGGAACUUCUGAUGGUUACACAGAACUUGAGCUUUUAGUCAGUAUUGAAGAUGAAAUAGAAGAAGAAUACAAGCAGGAGAAAGGAAAAUUUUCAGAUAUUCGCAUAAAAGAGAUAAAAGUUCAGGCGAGUGAGUUUCCAAGGUAUGAGUUUGCAUUGAGCAAUAUGUUGGAUGUUGUGAUGCGAUAUAAAGUUGUGCUUCAAUCAAACUGCAUUGGACAAGAUGGCAGAUAUAUUUUGUUUUAUGUAUGUACCACCCCUGAAAAUGACAAAAUGAUCGAUGAUUUUCUUCAAGAAAUAUUUAAGAAAGGAACAAUUAGAGAUGGUGGCUCCCUUGAACAAUUUGUUCAAUCCAUUGAUCAAUCGGCGGUCUCUUGCUUUAUAAUACCUGUGAACUAUCAACACAUUUUGACAGCAAUAAGACACAGGACAACCAUGACAUUUAUCCUAGGCAAUACUGACUUGGAUGAAAAAUCUAUUCAACGAUGCCAAAACACAUAUGCCAUUCAAAAAAAUAUCGCAUGGAAACAGAUAGAUUCAGUCUUAGAAGAAUGGCUUUUUCAAAGUCUCAAGCCAGUUUGUGGUGCAUUAGGAGGGGAUAUUGAACGUAACCGUUUCGACAAAAACGCAACUAAUAGGGAUGAGUAUGAAGAAAAACCAAUAACAGAUGACGAGCAGACCAAUGAGACAAAUGUAAUUAUCUUUCUUAAAAAAGAUAUGCUUUCAACUCUUAAGACGGAAACUAAAGAUUGUCUUUUUGAAGAGAUUAUAGGACUCUUUAAUAUGAGUGACGUCAGUAUUGACGAUAUUCCGAACAUUCCAAAAUACAGAAGUGACCUUGACUUAAAAGAGAUUUGUAGACACUUGUCCUCAACAUUUAAAGGUAUUUGUGGUGUUGGAUGUCGAAUGCAAAAACUACAAAUUGUUGUGAAAGAUGUUCAGACCUUUACUAGGGAAGAAAAGCAAAAUAGGCUCCGACAAGUUUUACUCGACUUCAAAAUCUAUGAGUACGAACUCGUUCCAAUGUCAAUUAAAAAGUAUUUAACACCUGGUGAUAGCAUCGCUGUUGGUUACGUCAACAAUGGAAGUUUUGGCUGCUUUGCCAAAGAAACCAAAACUCAAAACGAGGAGAUAGUGAUGUAUGGACUAUUCUCCAAACAUUUAGUGCCAGCAAGUAAUCAAAUAAACAGGUUGCAUGUAAUGGAAGGCGGUGAACCCAAAAGCGUUGGUGAGGUUAUAGACAGCACUGUGGAAUGUGGCAAACUUGAUAUAGCAGCAGCGGCUCUUUCUAUAAGAAAAGAUGAAUGCGACACAAGGUUUAAAACAGUCAGUGGUAAACAAAUUUCUGGAGACAAACGUAUCAUUGAAUCUGAAAACUUAGUUGGACGGAAAGUACAUAUUUGGGGAGCUAAAUCAAAACCUGGUAAAGGAAUAAUAACAGUGCCAGAGUAUAGGUCCACAGAAGAAAUGGAUUUUAGUCUUAUUCUAGUGGAAGACAUUGCAGAUGGGGAAGGAAUCGUAGGAGAAAGAUUCUCUCAACCUGGUGAUAGCGGUGCUAUUGCCUGUACUGAUGUCCCAGGGCAGGAAUGUGUCAUACCAAUUUCAAUGAUUAUGGGAGUAAUGAAUUACACAGAAGUAGAUGAAGACGAUAAACAAAAUAUAAAAAGGAAAAAGGGACGAUAUGCCACAGUACCAUUGCAGAGUGGUCUCCGGCAAAUAAGCGAAAGGAUUGGAAAACAAGUUGAGCUUUGCUGAAAAACUGGUCAUUGGAUAUUAACAUAUAUACAGCAAUUUAAAAGAUUUACGCCCUACGUUUAUAACAUCCAAAUUAGAUAAAGGGAAAAUUAUAAAAACGGUUUUCAGAAAAGUGUAACGCGUCUGUUUAUCCAGAUACAUAAACUAUUAGUAAAAGUUUUAUAUCGGAUAAUCUCUUUAUAAUACAAAGUGGUAUAAAAAACUUUUUGAAAUGUAUGUACGUUCAUACAUAAGGCUUCUUUCCAGUUAUAUAUAACUGGGAACAUGUCUUAUAGCUGUAUUUGUUAAGGAAUACUUAUGAUUCUGUUAAAUUGUAAUUGAGUUAAAUAUGUUUAAUGCUUUAACUGAUGAAAUAGUUUUGAUUUUGUGUUUUUAGUGAGUGUGUGAGGUAAUGUUUUUUUCUAAUUGAUAAUUUAUACUAAACUGUAUCAUUAAAUAAAUAGCA